AGGUGCGCGCGGCGCCUAUACGACGCGCGUAUAUUUUUUCCUUCUUCCUCCUUCAUUUUGUCGUCGGUGUUUGUGCGGUGAACAUUAUUGUGCGCUGUGCGUGACACGUGCUAUAAAAUAAUUUCACGUUAUCUCUUCUAUAUAAAUAAAAUUAAUAAUGGCAGACGCAGCCGUGGAAAAGAAAGACGCCGCCCCAGAGGAAGUCACCUCUACUGAGGUGAAAGAAUCUCCAGUCAAGAAGUCGCCAGCUAAAAAGGUAGCAGAAGCACCUGAAAGCAAUGGCAAGGAAGAAAAUGGCAGUGGAGAUGCACCAGAAGAGACCCCUGCAGAAAAUGGAGAUGCUGAGGAAAGCAAUGACGCUACUGAAAAUGGAGAUGCCACAGAGAAGGCUGCCGUAAAGAGGAAAUCUGUUGCCGCAGACAACGGUGACGCACAAGAGAAGACCACACCUGAGAAGAAAGCGAAAGUGGCGGAGGAGGCUCCACCAGCAGAGGCAGAGGAAGCCGCAGCCUAAAGUUUUAGUUGCCACAUAAAGCUUGGUUUACUGCAAUGCAUCAAGUUCAAUAGGGCUCAACUCACCCCCUCAUACAUACAUAUCCUAAAUCAGCUAACACUGCACACAAUGCCAAAAACUAUAGUUUUUAUAUUAUACAAAUUGUAUAUGAUCUGAUUAUUAUAGACUGCGAGUUGAGCUCUUUUGUGACCACAAUUAAGUUUAGGUUUAUAAUACAUUGUGUAUUAAACUUACCUGCGAAGUACCUGUAAAUUGUAAAUUUAAUAUAACUGUCAAGUGACUGUGUUGUGCAUCGCAGUGAACCGACCCAAUACAUGAGUCGGUUUAGGUGUUGUAUGCUGUUUUUUGCGUAUUGGUGUCUAUUUCAAAAGACCUGUAGUGAUGGGUUAUUGAAUUGAUGGAAGUUAACUUUAUCGGUAUUGGAUAUAAUAUCGCCAGUAAUAUACUGCCAAAGUAUUCACCCCGAGUGAAAUCAAUUCACAAUCCGUUCUGUGAACGACGCGGUUUUUGUAAACAGCUUCCGAAAAACAAGGAUUUUAGAUAAACUAAGAUUAAUUAAAGUGUUUAGAUAAAUAAUUCAGUUGUAAAUUUAAGUUAGCAGUAAAUGUCGCACAUUUAUAUAUUUCAUAGGCAUUAUUACUUAACCAUUUAAACAUUCCUUUGACAUUUGGUUACAUAUUGCAUUGUGAACGACUAGACAGCUUCUUUGUGAGUCGGUUGGAUUUUAUGCUGAUCCUACAACGACUAUGACUAACUAAUUGCCCUUAAAUUCCAUGCUAUUCACAAGGAGCCAGAUAACCUGACACCGUUCACACUGCGUCACUAAUUUUAAGAUGAAAUUUUAUUGAAGUUCAAAGUUGACAAGGUGAUAGUACAUAUUGACAUAAUUACUUCAGCGUGCUAUUUUUGUAUUUCUAUCAUAUGGACGUCUUUAUUUUUCUUAUAUCCUGUUUUUCUAAUUUAUUUUCGUCUCUUUUAAUGUGAUAGAUAACAUAACUCGAAUAGACAUAGAAUAUAACACUGUUCAUCUUUUUUCCUAAACAUAUGCUAUGAAACAUUGUGUUCCAUGAUAAGGAAUUUUAUUGUAUUAAGGUUUUGACUAACUUUUUCAGGAUUAUUACUUAACUACUUAAAAUUAAUUCAAUUUUGAUUCAGAAGUACAUUUUAGUAUUAGAUAAUUGUAGCGUGUACAGUUUUAACACUCUUCUCACCCGUGGAGUUAAGUGUUUGUAAAACAUUUCUGGCAAUAAAAUAGUCCAAUCAA